AUGGCUAGAAGAGAACAUUACCAGCCUAGAUGUUCGCUUACCGAGAUUGAGGGGAAUCCUUUAGUUACAGCCUUUCCAUACGAUCAGACUUCCACGGCACGGCCGAAGUCUGACUUACCUGCUAUAAACAUAUCAAUCAACAGAAAGCCAGUUUCCACAUCCACGGUCAAUACCCUGGAUAGUCGGGGAUAUCAAAGUCUAAAACAAGGCUAUUUGGGCGACGAUAAUGCCAACAAGUCAGGAUGUGCACCUUUUGCGAUUAAGCCGCUGUGGCGUGUUUGGAACUGGGAGUUGUUCUACAUCUUUCUCAGCGUAUCCUCAUUCUUUUUGAUCGUGGCGGUCCUCUGCAGCUACGACCAACAACCUUUACCAGACUGGCCGCUGAAUAUCACUCUCAAUACCUUUCUGGCCUUUUUCACAACACUAGCAAAAGCGGCCUUCCUGUUUCCCGUAUCAGUCGCAAUAGGUCAGACGCAAUGGUCAUGGUUCCUUAAAGACAGACCUCUUCACGACCUGCAUCUGUUUGACCAAGCGAGUAGAGGGCCUUGGGGGUCGGUAAUGCUGUUGAAACGCAUCAGACACAAACACUUCGUUUCUCUCGGUGCAUUUCUGAUGGUCAUUAGCGCCCUCACUUCGCCUGUUACGCAACUUGCCAUCAAGUAUCCCGUCAAAGACUCUGUGGCCCCACGAGAGGAAGCCAAGGCUCCAGCCCUACGUAAUAUGACAUCCGAGGACGAUCGCAUGAACAUAGGGUCACGACAUGCUUUGAUACUGGCCACUUUGUCAGACACCACCAAUUUCCGGGAGCCUGUUGCACCCACAGGAGCGUUCUGCUCCACGGGCAACUGCACCUUCGAACGGUACCAGUCUCUGGGCGUUUGCGUGAAGACGGCAAACAUCACCGAACACUUGCGGGUCGAGGAAUUUGAUUCUCCUGACAUGAUCGACACUCUUGUGCUUGGUUAUCCGAACCCUGAUGCAAAGGUGUGGCGAGCGUCUCUCCCUAGCGGCUUGGAAAUGGCUCACCAAACACCAAUGUCGGCCAUGGUCGAUAUGCUCAACGGGAGUGAGACUUUUGCUUUCCAAGACGACAGAGAUCUUCAGAAAACUAGGAUAUCAUCUUUCACCGUCAUCUACACCAACCCGACUGAGCUUAACGAUACAUGGUGGAAAGAGAUCUCUGAAGCGGUAGGAAUGCCAUUUGCGUCGGACGCCAUCGGCGCAAUCCACGAUUUUCGUCACGAGGCAAUGGAGGUCAUGUAUCAUCUAUGCGUCCAGACGUAUGAGACAAACAUUUCCAUGGGCAUUGAAACAACCACUCUCGUCGAGACAUCUGCUGUACCCGUUGAACAAGAAGAUCCCUUCUUUCUUGAUAUGCGGUGCAAGGCACUUCUUGCGCAAGCUUCGCGUACGUGUAACCAAAGCGUCGACCGUUGGCACGAAACACUACAACUCAAAGAUCCGAGAUUUUUGACAAGGCUGAGCGAUAACUCGACACUUGAGGAAGAGCAUUUCAGUGCAAGCUACUAUUCACUAGAAACGAUGUCCUCCAUGUUAAAGACCGAUGCCGUGGGCUAUGCUAGUGCAAGCUACGUCACCAAAGAGUAUCGGGAUACAGCUGUUUUCUUCCGUGGACAAGAGUUCAUCAAGACUCUCUUCGAAACUGUCAUAUUUGGGAUCGACAACAUCAUCAACUCCACUCUGCGCCAAACUUGUCUGGAGAAUAUUCACACCAACAUUGCAACCAGCUUGUCAUCACACAGUAUGCGAGUCAAUCGGCCACUGAGGUACACCGCGAACUCUUUCAACAUCUCUGGCGAAGCAUUGACGCAGGUUUCAUACGUACACAUCACCUGGGGAUGGAUAACCGUACUUGCCGUUGAAAUCGGAGUUGCUUUACUCUUCUUGGCACUCACAAUCAUCAGCCAAAGCAACUUGAACAGCGGCCAAGCAUCGAGCAGGGAGGAGCGUUACGCGUUCCGGGAAGCCAAAAAUUCGUCCUUGGCAAUGUUUGUCGCCCUUGACGAAGUUUCUCGUGCCAGAGCAGGCGGUGGGCUUCGGCCAUUGGAUGAACUCAAAGGUGCUUCUAAGUCUCUGAGGGUUCGUUUUGAAGGUCGCCAGAUGGUCACGUCUGAUGAGACCGUUGUCGAAACCUCACAAGUGGGCGGUCGUAGCAUCUGA